AUGAUUUUCUCCUCACCAUUGCUCAAAGAAAAAGCAUUGGCACGCGGCAAGUCGAUCUAUCCAAAAGUGGCGGUGUUCUCCGAAAUUCUGCCGCUCGCGUCGAAGAAUCGCGUUCAAGCCACUCAAAAACCACGUGCAGCUAGUGAGUUUCUUCAAAUUUCACCGAAUUCUAAGCAAAUUCUCUUCAAAAAGCAAUAGAAAACAAUUUCAGGCUCUUCGUGCACUCAAGAACUGCAAGCGCUGUUCGGAUGCCUCAAAAAGUGGGAGUUUGACGAUCAGCCGUGCGCGAAGCAGCACACUCUCUACAUGGAUUGUGUUCAUAAGGGAGCAGAAGAGGCGGCCGCGUACCGGGAAGCCGCCAAAAAGGUUUGUAACGUUAUUCUGCAGUAAAAUCGUUUGAAUUUUCAUUUUUCCAGGGAACACUCGGAGAAACGACGUCGGGCGGCAAACAAUCGAUGACGAGCGCUCAGUUUAACAAGAUCCAGAAGCUGUUCCCGCAGCCGGACCUCGGCAAGCAGCCGUACCGUCAGAUGAAGCGACUUCCAACGCAAGACUACGCCGACGACACGUUCCACCGAAAACAUUGGGCCGGAAAGAGAAGCUGA